AUGAAAGACUGGAAGGCCGAUUAUGAACGUCAUGUUACUUUAGCCUUCUCUGUGGGUAACAUCAAAGGCUUCUCUGAUGUUGAGAGAAUACUCUUCAUCACCCAUGGGUACGGUCAGGUGAUUCCUGUCACUGCUCGGGAAGUUUAUGUCCGUGAUGAAGAGUGCUUCAACAUUGAUUGGGUGGAAUCCAUGCAACGCAAUCCUAACAGCUUCGAACUCGCUACCGCAAAAUUAUCAGCUGGGAUGGAAGGGAUUACCCCCGCGAUGCUUUCGGAUUACCUUGACAAACAUAUUGACAGUGAGGGGAGCUUCGAGAAAUUUGUCGAGGAAUACUUCACGGGCACCCCGUUCCUGACGCAGAUGCUUAAGAGUACCUUCCGGUAUUACUCUCGGACUAAGCUCCCAGUUAUCCGGAAGGCACUGAAGCUCAUACUUGCCUACAACCUCACCACGCAUGUUACCAUGGCCGAAGGUGUCGGUGAACUUGAGGACUUUAAUGGCAAGGUCGACGAUGAGACAUCGAGGUACAAUGGCAAAAUAAUGGCGCCAGUCAUGAUUAAUUUCCAAAUCAAGUAUGGCUUGGCUACUAUGUGGCGAGAAUUGCAAAAAGAUGUUCUGGAGGAACUAUCAGCUCUUUAUUCCAGUGUUUACAGUGGUGACAAGCUGAAAAACUGGCCAACCAUCUUCCUCCUCGCCUCGAUACUGCUUGCAGUGUGGGAGGAGAUGCAGUUUGAUUGCCAUUAUCGUGUUCCUGAUGCCGCGGCCGCCGACAAAUUCUGCACUGAUAUGGAAACAACCCCUGUCGGUGUUAUCGUCGGCCUCUUCCAAGCAAUUUCACAGAAACUUCCGGCAUUUACCGAAUGGGAUUCCAGCAAGCAUCAUCACCUCCUUGGCUCGAAUGUUGAUGUCUGCGAUACUAUGACGGAGGUUCGCCAGCAUGUUACCAAAUAUGGUACAAUUUUACGAAAGCAAUGUAUAGCAUCUGCUACGACUGAUAUCCCUUUUACUUAA